AUGGAUGGGAUGGCCUUUGGAAAGAAAAUGGUGGGUGAAUGGGUUCGGAUUCACGUGAAAGAAGUUAACAUUGUCUUUGGCCUUCUACCUUUCUUUGUUCCCGGACUUUUCAAUGGGAAUAAGCAUGGAACCCUACCCCAGCUUUGGUCACUUGGAAGAGUAUCCAAUUCUUCACAAAAGCAUAGUGACGAUAGUGACUAA